GUUGAGGCUCCGCCCAGGAGACAUAUGUGAUUGGUUGCUGCACAGAGCUGUGUGUCGCUGAUUGGCUGCUCUGUAUGUGUCCUCGUCUGUAAUAAGGCGUCGCGUCGCUCCAGCACGGGCAGCUCGGGCAGCGCGUACAGAACAGGUAGAUUGCAGAGAUGAGUCCCCAGAUAGGAGCGGUUUUAGGUGUCGCCCUGAGCUUGGGGCUGGUAGUGAGUGGUUUUCCUGCCGAGCAGUCAGAUACUGGGAAGCACUGGGUUGUCAUUGUGGCCGGAUCGAAUGGCUGGUACAAUUACAGACACCAGGCUGAUGUGUGCCAUGCGUAUCAGAUUGUCCAUAGGAAUGGAAUUCCCGAUGAGCAGAUUGUGGUGAUGAUGUAUGACGAUCUUGCUCAGAACCCUGAAAACCCUACUCCAGGAGUGAUCAUAAACCGACCCAAUGGAACGGAUGUUUACAAAGGAGUGCUGAAGGACUACACUGGUGAUGACGUGACUCCUCAGAACUUCCUGGCGGUGUUGAAAGGUGAUGCUGCUAGUGUGAAGGGAGGCUCUGGAAAAGUGCUCAAAAGUGGUCCAAAUGAUCAUGUGUUUGUGUAUUUCACUGAUCAUGGAGCCCCGGGUCUGCUGGCCUUCCCUAAUGAUGAUCUUCAUGUAGACGACCUGAUGAAAACAAUCAAGUACAUGCACCAAAACAACAAAUACAAGGAGAUGGUGUUGUAUAUUGAAGCUUGUGAAUCUGGCUCCAUGAUGAAGCCUCUGCCAGUUAACAUUAAUGUCUAUGCUACCACUGCUGCCAACCCUCAUGAGUCCUCAUAUGCCUGUUAUUAUGACGAGGCCAGAGACACCUACCUGGGAGACUGGUACAGUGUCAACUGGAUGGAAGACUCCGAUGUGGAGGAUCUGAAAAAAGAGACUUUGGCCAAACAGUUCAAGAUCGUAAAGGCCAAAACCAACACCAGCCAUGUAAUGCAGUAUGGAAACAAGACGCUGUCCCACAUGAAGGUGAUUGUGUUCCAGGGUAAUUUGAAAGGUCUUGAGAAGGCACCUGAGCCGGUGUCGUUGCCUCUGAUUACUGAACAUGACCUCAUGAGCAGCCCCGAUGUGCCCCUUGCAAUCAUGAAGAGAAAACUGCAGAAGUCCAAUGACAUUAAUGCUGUUGUUGGUUACAUGAAACAAAUCCAUGAACAUCUACAGGUACGUGAGCUGCUUGGUAACACCAUGCGUAAGAUCAUGGAGCAUGUGGUGCAGGAGAAAGAGGAAGUGCAGGAUUACCUGAAUGGACGUGAAGAACUCACAGAGUAUGAAUGUUACAAAACUGCUGUCGAGCACUACAAGAAACACUGCUUCAACUGGCACCAGCAGGAGUAUGAAUAUGCUCUGAGACACCUGUAUGCUUUAGUAAACCUGUGUCAGGGAGGAUACCAGGCCCAGAAAAUCACAGCAGCCAUGGAUGAUGUGUGUUACUUCAGUAGAAACAUGAACUUGUGAACCACUGAGGACUUUUGAAUGGACUACACUUUGCCCAAAAGUAUCAGAAUGUUGACCUGUAUCAUCUCGCAAAUUUGACUGAUCUUUUUGAAAAUGUUACUUUUAAUGAGAUUUUGCACUUCUGAAAAUUUAAUGUGAUGUUUUACUGAUCUUUUUUU